GUCAGAGUCGCCAUGGCCAGCUAUCCGUAUGGGCAGGGCUGCCCAGGAGCUACAGGACAGGCACCUGGAGCCCCUCCGGGUAGCUACUACCCUGGACCCCCACAUGGUGGAGGGCAGUAUGGCAGUGGAGGUUAUGGGGGUCCUGCCCCUGGAGGGCCUUAUGGACCACCAGCUGGUGGAGGACCCUAUGGAUACCCCAAUGCUGGGGGGCUCCCCCCUGGAACCCCAGGAGGACCAUAUGGUGGUGCCGCCCCAGGUGGCCCCUAUAGUCAGCCACCUCCAAGUUCCUAUGGUGCCCAGCAGCCUGGGCCUUAUGGACAGGGUGGUGUCCCACCCAAUGUGGAUCCUGAGGYCUACUCCUGGUUCCAGUCAGUGGACUCAGAUCACAGUGGCUACAUCUCCAAGAAGGAGCUAAAGCAGGCCCUGGUCAACUCCAACUGGUCUUCAUUCAAUGACGAGACAUGCCUCAUGAUGAUAAACAUGUUUGACAAGACCAAGUCAGGCCGCAUUGAUGUCUAUGGUUUCUCAGCGCUGUGGAAAUUCAUCCAGCAGUGGAAGAACCUCUUCCAACAGUAUGACCGGGACCACUCAGGUUCCAUCAGCUACACAGAGCUGCAGCAAGCUCUGUCCCAAAUGGGCUACAACCUGAGCCCCCAGUUCACCCAGCUCCUGGUCUCCCGCUACUGCCCACGCUCUGGCAGUCCCGCCAUGCAGCUCGACCGCUUCAUUCAGGUAUGCACCCAGCUGCAGGUGCUGACCGAGGCCUUCCGAGAGAAGGACACUGCGGUGCAGGGCAACAUUCGGCUCAGCUUCGAGGACUUCGUCACCAUGACAGCUUCUCGGAUGCUAUGACCCAGCCUAUCUGUAGACAGUGGAGCACACCAAGGACCUUUCCUGACUCCUUAGAGUGGGAGAAGUAUGUGGGCCUCUCUUUCCCCUCCUAAAAAAAUUCUCCCUAGCUUGAUGCAGCACUGUUCCCAAAGAGGGUUGAGGAUUCUGCAUCAGAGCCACCAAAUAAUGGAUCCCUGGACUGUGGCCAUACAGGUAGGAAGGAGCCUGACCUAGGAGAGGACUGGAAAUUGAGUGUCCUGACAGGCCUGAGCAAUCGGCUGUGCCUCUGGCCCUUAGCUUCCCCCUCUGUGCUCUGACACCAGUGAUAAGUGUUCUUCAGCCUCUUACCGUUAGCAUCUGCCUUCCCUCAGCGACUGUCCUGUCAGAUGAGCCCAGCUUCUCCAAAAUGGAAUUUGACCAAGCUUGAGAGAGAUUUGCCUGUGGGACCAGUGGCUUGGGUUCCUGCUCAUUCACAUCCACAAGUCCUUGUGUGUGAACUUCUAACUGGGGGCUGUCCCUGCUCAGGGAGCUGGGACAGUCUGCUCUCUGGGUAUCUCAGCCAGGCUACUGCCCUCCAAAGCUUGGACCCUUCAAUUGCCUGCCAUGCUCUGCUCUGCUUUAGUUCCUGGAGGACAGAUGUCACCUCCCACUGCCAAUGCUGUUUUUUUUGUUUGUUUGUUUUGGGUUUUUUUUUUUUUUUUAAUGUGUGAGUUACCAUAUGGGG